AUGCUGGGGGACCGCCGGGCGCCCGCCGCGCUGCCCGCGCUGCUGCCGGGCGGGGCGGGCGCGGCGCCCAGGUCCGUCUCCAAGGAGUUCUGCCCGGGCCUCCCGCGCCUGGGCGUCUCGGGAGCCUGGGCUCCUGUGUUCGAGGCGCACCGGCAGUCGCGCGUCUCGGUCGGCGCGGAAAGCAAUGGCCCGGGGCGCGCUGCCGCGAGGCCGCGCACCGCGGAACCCGAAGGGGCGCUCGCCGCCGCCACGAUCGUCCCUCGUGGCCCUGCGGCCGAGGCCCCGCACGACCUCUGGAGGCGCUCCAUGGAGGCCGCCGACCGCGCGGCCCUGGCGCAGCCGUGGGGCGGCGGGCCCGGCGCGGCGGCCGGCCCGGUGCAGUCGGCCAGGCCCGCGAGGCCGAGCUGCGCCAGGGCACCCGAGGGCGACGGCGCGGCGAAGUCCAUCCUCCAGCGCAGGAGUGAUUCGACGCCAGCCCCCACGGCAAGCCCUCGGCAGAGCACCGAAGCCAUCGCGCCGCCGGCGGCCAGCGGGUCCAGCACGAGCGCAGAGAGCGGCGAGAGGCCGUCCUCCGGUUUCGACUUGGAGUCCGAGGCUCAGGAGGAGUUGCUUUGGGAGGAGAUCUACGGGAAGCUGAAGGACCGAGACAUUGGCGAGGUGCACACAGACAUGUUGGGGCGGGCGCUGGAUCUGGUAGGUUUCAGCCAUCCCAAUCCAGAGUGGGUUAGUGAGAUCGCGCCGCAGAUCACGCACUACUCCACCCUGGGCCAGCAGGAGUUUUUUCAGUUCAUCGAGGCAUACUCCCGCAAGCAGGCGGAUUUUUACGCCGUGGCCUUUCAAAGUUGCGACAGGAACAAGUCCGGGCGACUAGAGCUGGAAGAGCUACCGUACGUGUUCGAUGUCAUCAAAAUCGACGUCAUGCCGCACGUGUUGCGCGAGUUUUUUGAGGAGGUGUGCAACGGAGAGGGGUCCAUCGAUAUCAAGGGUUUCAUGAAGAUGAUAGAGCUCAACAAGCUGAGGGAGGGCUUCUCCAGGAACGAGUUCGAGGACCUCCUGCACGUGUUCGACCUCUUCGACGUCGACAAGUCCGACAGCAUCGACGCCACCGAAUUUGCCAACAUGCUCUCGUGGCUCGGCUUCAGCUGGUCCCGCGAGCACGAUUUCGGGCGGCCCUCGCUGAAGAGAGACGCCCGGGAGGUCUACGACGCGGCCGACGUUGAUGGGUCGGGCAGCUUGAACCAGCGCGAGUUCAUUAUCUGCAUGCGGAGGGUGCGCAGCUUGGAGGAGGAGAAGGUUAGGCGGGUGAUGAGGCAGAACGCUAUGCCUGGCGCAGCAGAUCGUGUCCAGCACGCUCAUCUGCCGCAGGUGUUCAAGGCUCUCGGGUACAACUUCCCCGACAGGCAGGCCAUCUUCGAGUUCGCCCAGGACUGCUUUGGCAGCGACGUGCAUCAUGGACUGGACAUCGGGCAGGUGUGGCAAGUGGUGGUCCAGUAUCGCAGCAGGCACGGUUUCUCGGCCGCCAUGAAGGCCGAGAUCCAAGCGGCCUUCGACGCGUGCAAGCUCGAGCACGAGGUGGACAUCGACCACGCGCAGAUGCCCUUGGUCCUGCGGCGGCUCGGCAUCGCGCUGCCCCUCCACGUGCAGCGACACAUCACCGAGCGGGUGGACGUGAGGAGCACGGGCAGAGUCGACCUCGAGAGCGCCGUGCGGGUCGUGCGCCUGGCCUGCGAGCACAGGCUGGCCCAGGCCGGGCGGCUCUUCCGCCUCCACAGGGAGGGCGGCCCGGGAGGCCGCGCCGUGAUCGCGGAGGCGGAGGCGCUCGGGGUGCUGGAGGAGGGCCUGGGCCUCGACGCCUUCGACGGCGGCGCGGCGGCGUGGGGCGUCCCGCCCGAGGACCUGGCGCCGGGCGCCGGGGAGCGGCUGCUGAGCGAGGAGGGCUUCUUCCGCACCUACUCCCGCCUCGCCGAGAAGAGCCGGCGCAGGCUCCAGGCGAAUGGCGGCCUCAGCAGCGGCGAGCUCAAUCCCUGCUGGACGUCUUCAACCACCACGACCGCGACGGGACGGGGAUCAUCAAGGACCAGUCGCUGAUGAAGCUGCUCCAGGCCAGCUUCUCCGAGGCGAGCGACGCCUCGUUCCGGCCGCAGUUGCUAGAGCUGAUGGCCCAGGUGUCUCCCGGCGGGGGCGGCUUGGACUUCGCCGGGUUCCGGCGGUUCUGCCAGUUGUUCGUGGAGGCACGGGAGAAGGACGUGCUCUCUCGAGAGACCCGCGCGAUCGAGCAGACGUCGUUCAGCCUGGCGGAGGUGGCGGAGCUGCGGUCAGCGUUCCUCUCCGCACCGGGGAAGGGUGACACCGCCAGGGGCGACCGGCUGUUCAUCUCGAGCAGCGAGUUGAGGUUGAUAGCGAUGGGGAGCCACCAGGGCCAGGGGCAGUGCGCCGACGUCGCUGCUCUCGGAAGGGACUCGAGCACCGAGCUGAGGGCGUUCCUCCGGAGAACGAUGCCUGAGAAGGCCGAGGAGGAGGAAGCCCAGUUCGACUUCAGCGAGUUCCUUGUGAUCAUGCGGGCAAUCGGAGACGGCACGUUCGCUUCGGCGCUGCAAACGGCUUCUCAUAGGUCCUAAAACGUCCUAGGACAGGCAGGAGGUGUGAGUAAGUAAUCAGGGACAGAGGGAGAGGGAGCCAGAGGAGGAAUGGCCGCCCCCUUCCGCUCCCGCAGGGAAGAAAUAUUUCCGUGCUCGGGGCGGGCGCGGGCCACGAGUGCUCGCUCCGCUGCGCCGCCUCAGGAUCCAGCGCGGGCGCGGGUCACGAGUGCCUGCCCCGCAGCGCAGCCCACGGACCCAGCGAGGCGCCAGCCUCACCACUGCUGGCGGCCGCGGCGCGCGCGCACGCGCAGGUCCUCCAUGCUCGCGUGCGGGGCGGGUCACCGAGCGCCCGCUCCGCAGUGCUGUUUUACAAUCCGCAGAGUGCCCAGUAGCCAAGGAAGGAGGGG